UUACGUGGCAAUUGCAUAUUUUUAUGUUAAAAUAGCUGAUAUGCUAAUAAAGCCAGCCACUCCUCUUCCCUAGUAUCUCACAAUCUUUCAGUCUUUUUGUGUUGUUUAUUAUGGACAAGAAAUCCCCAACCCACCCAGAACCCACCACUUCUGAGUGCCAAGAUUCUGGUAGCAGUCAGUUGGAGAUUAUAAAGAUGACUGAUGAAGAGGAAGAUCUCAUCUUAAGAAUGUAUAGGCUUGUUGGCCAAAGGUGGCAUUUGAUAGCUGGGCGUCUUCCAGGAAGAAAACCCGAAGAAAUUCAAAGAUUUUGGACAGUGAAACACCAGCUGCCGCUACAAAAUGGAAGCUGGGAUGCUGGAGAACCCAUGGUGUUGAAAAGUAGUUAAUGAGGUGGCAUAGCUUUGUUUCGAAAGUAAUUAAACACAACCUGGUGUAGCCUCUGUGUUGAAUACUGUUGCUACUGAUUCUCCCUUCUUUUAUUAAUGAAAAGAAUCUACUUCUACCAAA